CGGCGCCCCGCCUCAGCCGCGGCGGCGGGGGAGGAGGAGCAGCGGAGCGCGCCCGGCGCGAUGUGGCAGCGGUCGGUGUGCGUGGGCCUGCUGGCCCUGGCGCUGGGCUACCUGUGCGUGCUGGGCCCCGAGCUGCCCCCCGCGGCCCUGCGGCAGCUCUCGGCCUCGCUGCUGGGGACGCUGCGCCGCGCCCGCUCGCUGGAGGCGCGCACGGUGGCGGCCUGGCAGGCGGCCAUUGUCCGGCCCGCGCGCGGCUGGGCGCGCGUCGCCGUCGGUGUCAAUGCCUGUGUGGACGUGGUGCUGUCUGGGGUGAAGCUGCUGGAGGCGCUGGGCUUGGAGCCCAGUGAUGGGAAGAACCAUGCAGUCCUGAACUCCAGGCAGGACCUGAGGGAGGCUUUUUCCCACUUCAUGGAGAGAGGGGCGGCUGCUGAGCGCUUCUUCAGCGAUGCUGAGGCGUUCCAGGACAUUGCACGGACAGCCUCGGAGCACCCUGCAGCACAGCUUUACGUGGGAGGAAAUGCUGCUCUCAUCGGGCAGAAGCUUGCAACAAAUCCAGACCUGAAGAUCCUCCUUUGUGGCCCAGUUGGUCCCAAACUCCAUGAACUGCUCGAUGACAAUGUGGUUGUGCCACCUGAAUCCAUGCAGGAAAGAGAUGAAUUCCAUCUUAUCUUGGAAUAUCAAGCAGGUGAGCAGUGGGGCCAAGUGAGAGCACCCACUGCCAACCGCUUCAUCUUCUCCCACGACCUGUCCAACGGGGCCCUGAACAUGCUGGAAGUGUUUGUGUCCAGCCUGGAUGAAUUCCAGCCAGACCUGGUGGUGCUUUCAGGACUGCACAUGAUGGAAGGGCAGAGCAAGGAGAUGCGACACAGACGACUCAUGGAGGCUGUAGCCUCCAUCUCUGAUAUCCCAACCGACAUUCCCAUACACCUGGAGCUGGCCAGUAUGACUGAUCAGGAUUUUAUGAGCAACAUUAUGCAUCAGCAGGUCUUUCCCCUGGUGAACUCCAUCGGGCUGAACGAGCAGGAGCUGCUGUUCCUCACCCAGUCUGCUGCUGGUCCCCAUGCCUCUCUGGCCUCCUGGAGUGGCAUCCCUGAGGUGGGGGUGGUCAGCGACAUCCUCUUCUGGAUCCUGAAGGAGCACGGCAAGACGGCGGAGCGCGCCUCGGACCUGACGCGGAUCCACUUCCACACGCUGGCCUACCACAUCCUGGCCACGGUGGACGGGCACUGGGGCAACCAGGCGGCGGCGGUGGCGGCGGGGGCCCGGGCGGCCGGCACCCAGGCCUGCGCCACCGACACCAUCGACACCAGCAAGGUCUUCCUCAAAGCUCCUCUGGAGUUCCUCACCUCCCACACAGAGGCACCAGCCAAAAUCUCCCUGGAUCCAGACAAGCCCGUGGUGCAGUGGCACAGGGAAGGCAUCUCCUUCCACUUCAGCCCCGUGCUGGUGUGCAAGGAUCCCGUCCGGACCGUGGGGCUCGGCGAUGCCAUUUCAGCCGAGGGACUGCUCUAUUCCGAAGUGUAUCCUCAGUAAAUACCAGGACCCUCCUUCUUCUCCAGCACUGCACGGGGUCUGAGACCCGUGGAUUGGGAUUGGAGCAGUGGUGGUAUAGGAACAGAACCAGGGUGUGGUUUGUUUUCUGGGUAUAACUGAAAAAGAGCCAAAGAAUAAUUCCAGGUAUAAACUGUCGGCUACAUUCCAGUCACUCAGCAGUGACUCGAGCACUUCAUGUGCAGGUCAGGUGCAGAUGUUUUAAUAUUUAAUGUGAAAAUUGGCUUUGUCUUAAGGAGAAUGGACACAAAGACCAAAAUCCCUGGCUGGCAAGGUUUGCUGUUCAUAGCUCAUAGUGGACCUUUUCUGAUCAGUGCUGGAAAGUGCAGCAGCAGGAGAAUUUCCUGCCCCUGAAUCCUAGGGGAGAGCACAGCAGUGCCUGGCCCUGCCUUGCCUCUGGUAAAUUAAAAAUAAAAGGCAUGUGGGUUAUCUCCUCCCAGCACACUGCAAACCUUGCUUGGGGUGAGGAUGGAAUUAUUGCCUGGUGCAAUCACCUCUCUGUGUGUCCAGCCCCAGAGGGAGCCACGGUCCCAAAAUGUGACACAGACUGAGCCUACUCCAGGCUGCACAGGUGAUUCUGGAUAUCUGUGACUAAGGGUGUUCAACUGAGCCCCAGCAGUCUGUGCUUCGUUUUUAGGAAACCAGGAGUGAAGAUAAUCAGGGUUUCUGUUUGGGGGAUGAGAGCUCUGCUUCCCUUCCAGGGAACCCCCAAACCAUUCCCCGUGUUUGCUGCACACUAAAUACUCUGCUAAUGGUGUGUUACAGAAAAGCUCUCGAGUGCUGGAGACUCAUUUUUGGUUUUGAGAAUGAUUGUGCCAAAUUCUCAGUCUCCCUGCCCUCUAUUAGGAAAGGUUAAUAUAUUAGGGAGGGUCCCUCUGGAAGCUCAAAAGCUGCAACAGUGUUUUCCAGGUAAGGCUGAAGUGAGGAGGCUGUUUUAGGGUUUGAUGUUGGUUUUUUUUUGAUUAGGUCACUGAUAGUUGCUUUGCUCUGGCCUUUGAAAUUAAAAAAGCAGAACCAUG